AGCACAAAAACGGCACACCACUCACAACUUUUGAUCCAGGCGACUUGUUUCAUUGUGGCAAUAGCGGCACUCUCAUAGUCUGGACUCUCUCUCUCUCCCCCAUAUAUAAAUACAACCCAUCCUCACUCACAGUCCCCCCAAAUAAUAAGGGAGAGAGAGACGAAAACCCAAAUAAAAUAAAACCCUAAUUCCCAAAACCAGAUAUAGAGAGAGAGUUUGAAAGAGAAGCCUCUCCGAAGUCGAAACCCUAGUUUAGAUGUAGAAUUUUGUUUUACAUUAUAGAUAUAUACACUCCUCCCGCGGCCAGUUUUGGUUGUUCUUCACCACCUUGAAUUGUUUCUCUCUCUCUCUUUUUCUCGAACCUUCUCGAUCCGUCAAAAGCAUAAAGCUCCUUACUUUCCAACUCCUCUGGCCCCAUCUCUUCCCUAAUUCGGCAAAUUUGAGCUUCGCUGACCGGAACCCCCAAACUGGACGGGAGGGGGCAGUUUCGUAAAUUGCUUCAAUUGGGAGGUCAAAUUCGCUCGGUCUAUUGUGUUAUUGAGCAUUGAUUCGUGAAGUUCUGCUCGUCAAUCAGUCAAUUUUGGGUUUCGGAUUUCUGAAUUAGAAGUUGGUUUGAGUUUGGGGCUCACCGGAGUCUGGAACAGUGGGCAAGAAGAAGAGGAAGAAAGAGUUGGAAUUACUAAUUUGUCCUCGUGAUCUGGUGUACUACCAGUAGAAGAACAAUUCGGGAUUCAUGUCAGAGUUGAUAACUGGCGACCAUUUUAUGAGACAUUGACCCAUGGAUCCUGAAGGAGCAAAGUUUGGAAGAGGACCAAGAGAGCUGACUGGUGCCGUAGAUCUCAUAAGUCACUACAAAUUGCAAGCACACCAUGAGUUUUUCUGCAAGCGUUCGCUUCCUGUAUCAAUUUCAGACACACACUAUACCCACAAUGUGGUGGGAGACACAGAAAUCAGAAAAGGAGACGGAAUGCAAUUGGAUCAACUUAUUCAGAGUACAUAUUCCAGGGAUACUAAACCUCGAAUACAGCCUUUUGACCUAGAUAUUCUCAGAGAGGCCUUCCAACUUAAAGAGACUGCUCCUAUUGAUUUGCCAUCUGCAGAUAAGGGGACUCCAACUAUAGCAGGGAAAUCAAAGAGUGGGUCUAAAGACAAGGAGAGGAAACACAAAAAGCACAGAGACAAAGACAGAGACAAAGAUAAGGAGAAGGAGAAAGAACAUAAGAAGCACAAACACCGGCAUAGAGAUCGAAGUAAAGAUAAAGACAAGGAGAAGAAAAAGGAGAAACAUGAUUCGGCGGGUGAUCCCUCAAAGAAACAUGAAAAGAAAAGGAAACAUGAUGGAGAUGAAGAUCUUAAUGAUGUUCAGAGACACAAAAAAAGUAAGCAUAAGAGCUCAAAACUAGAUGAAGUUGGUGUGAUCAAAGUAGCUGGCUGAGUGUUGGAAUAUUUAGUUAUUGUGUUUUCUUCAAAUGGUUAUGUCGUUCAUAGUUUGGAGGGGCCUUUCAUCUGAUAUUGUUUUUCUUGAGAAUAACCUAGGAACUGACUAAAGAUUGUGAAGAAGGUGAAUUCACCUGCUGAGAAAUAUGUGGAUUGAAGAUGCUGGGAAAAUGAUGUUAGGAAGAGAUUGUGCAUAUUGAUCGCUAUGGUCCUAUUUGUUGUACAAUGGCUAGCACCACUGAUAAUGUAGGGCUAGGUUUAUGUCUGUUUUCAGAGGAAUUUGUAUGGAUAGCAGUCAAUACUUGUGCAUACAGAGGAAGUAAUGGUAGGUAUAUGGCACGGUCAUUAUUCCUGCUGGUUAUAUUUUUGGCAUGACUGGUGUUUUUCAUGUUCAUCUGUCAACUUCUCUUGGUGUUCUUUCUUCUGAGUUUUAGGUUAUAAUAAAUGGAAGUUUGUCAGUUCAAUCAUUCCUGCCCCAUACACCAAUAUGUCAACUUUAGAAGUGAGGUUUGUUAAAACUAGUGCUGAGUCUGUAAUUAGCAAAACCAUUUUGGUCAUUGUCCAGUUUUACUAGACCCCUCCAUUAUAGAGAGAAGCCUCCCUAGAUGUGUCAGAAAGAAAGGAAGAGAAACUAUUUGAUCUUGUGAAGAAGGAAAAUGUGAUCAGCCUGAAAAAAAUUAGAAUUGGUGGACUAAGGCAGACUAUGAAGCUUAGGUAUGUGACUUUUUACUCGCUCUGUAAUUCAUUUUCAGUGAUUUAGCUAAUCUGGACCUGACAAUUCGUCCAGAUAGAGCUGUCACCUAAGCUUAAAUCCUUCCAGAUCUUUUGGACACCACGUGUUAUGUCAUCUUGUAGUGAUUAGAUCAUGGGUAAUACACCGUUCUGAGGAUUGUAGCCUUUCCCUAUGCAUUCCAUCUCACAUAUUUAUGUCAAGUGGAUUAGAGCAUUUUGGUAUAUGAGGCAUUUAUUGUAUCCAGUGGUUUCAAGUCCUACCCAUCUGUGGCCAUUUCUUUGAUGGCGGCUUCAAUCUUCAAUUGGAGUUUCCCAUAUUGUACCUUGGAACAUUGCCUGCUCAUUCCAAACAUGGAUAUGACUGUAGGGUUGGUAGUUGAAGCAGUAAUAAUAUUUGGUCUGUACAAAAUAGUAGUGCGACUAAUGUAAU